AUGAUUGUCGCUGGAAAUUCUCUAGUCCGUGGUGGAGAAACAACUCCAGUAGUGAAAAUGGAGGUCGAGACGGUGGCGAGAGAUAAAAAUGGAUUGUGUUCUGCUGCUACAGGUCAUGGGGGGAAGGACAGGAAGGGGAAGGGGAAGGACAGGAAGGGGAAGAGAGAGAAAGGGUGCUUGAGAUGU